UGUCAACACACAAAGAAUAGUCACUGUCAAGAGGGGCCCGUCCAGCCACAGCCACCUGCCUCCGCUGGAGGGUCCGAGGGGCCCGUCCAGCCACAGCCACCUGCCUCCGCUGGAGGGUCUGAGGGGCCCUUCCAGCCUUCGUCGCCACCACCUGCGGCUCCCACGCCGUCGCCUGCAGUGCCACCAUCUGUUUCGUCGCCUGCAGCUCCAUCCUCGUCUGGUCCAGCCUCCGAGUCUUCAUCCUCACCUGGUCCGGCUUCAGCUACGGCUUCAUCCUCGCCUGGUCUGGCUUCGGCUUCGCCGUCGCCUGGUCCGGCUUCGGCUUCGCCUGUCCGGCCUGCUCGGCCUGCACGUCCUGUCCGGCCGCUUUCCAGGCCAAUGACUGGACAUCCUCGCCGUCGUGGCCAGCCUCCUGACCUGCUCCGUCGCCGCCGGUGCCUCCCUCCCGGCCGGCCUCCUGAACUUUUUUCUGGACUCUUGGGCCGUUGUCCUCCGGGCCGGCCCCCUGAACCGCCCAGAUUUGGACUGCUAUGCCGUCGACCUCCGGGCCGGCCCCCUGAACCUUUUCGAGACUGUUGCCUGGGCCUCUGCGCCUUUCGUGGGCCCUUUUGUUUGUUUUCUUUUGGACUGUUCCUGGGCCUUGGUGCUGUUGUUUUGUUCUGUUUUGGUCUUUGUUCCCUGUGUUUUGGUUUCUGGCUGCUUGUGUUUUUGUUUCUGUCCCUCCGUCCGGUUCCCCCGACGCCCACGCUGGUUGGGUUGUUUUUUGUUUUGGUGUUUCGGUUUGGGCUGUCUGGGAGCCAGGCCUUUGGGGGGUGCUGUUAGGAUGCCUGGGUCGUUGGCCCAGGGUUUUGAGGUUAUUAUGUUAUUUAUCAUUUCUAGUCUUUGGUUUCUUAGUUGGAGUUCUGUCUUAUGGUUUAUGUCUCUGUGUAAUCCUUAGUUGCUGUCUGCUAUA